AUGGCUUUUCAAGGCAAAUGGAAACACGUAAACGACGACGACCAAUUCGAUGCUUUCUUAGAUGCUCUGGGUGCCAAUGCUUUGGCGAAGAAGGUAGCCAAAGAAAUUCACCCUACUUUCGAGUAUGAGAAGGACGGCGAUACAUAUAUCAUGCGAUUCGUUGGGUUCGGCGGUCCAACCACUCGCGAAUGCAAAUUCAAGGAUGGUGAAGAAUUCGACCAUCCAGCUAGCAUCAUCGCACCAGGUGAAACCCGCAAGGUCGUCGCAAAGAUUUUGUCCGACACAGCGGUUGAGCUCAAGACAACUUCUGGGACCCCUGAUAUAAGUGAAGUGAGAGAAGUCGUUGGCGAGGGAGAAAUGACGAACACCAUCACAUAUGGAACCGUCAGCUGUAAGAGAUUUUUCAAGAAAGUCACUGAAUAG